AUGUAUGCCGUCGUUUACUUAGCAGAUGACAGGGAGGUGUUUGUGAACUUGGAUUGCAGCAUUUGGCAGUUGAUAAGGUAUCUGGAGAAGGUCUCCAAUUACAACAAGGAAGGUAAACUUGACCUUUCGGACUUGACCGGAAGAGUAAAAAAUUUGAAUGAUCACGUGGUUGGGGGUAGAGGUGAUCAGCUGAUCAAGACGAGAGAACGUUUGGUGCUUGUUGCUGUUAGACAAAACGAAAAUGACGAAGGCCACAAUGAUGAGGGCGUGGGUUCAAUUUACGAACCACUGCUGAACGUUGAACAGAGUAAAAUCGUUGGCAAAUCAUUUCUUAUUGUGUCAAAUGCAUUCGAAGUAAUGUAUACCACAAACCUCAAAUGCAGAUUACUUGCCGCAUGGGAAGCCAUCAUCGUCAUCAUCGUUGUCCUCGUCAUCGUUCCGAUCAAUGACGUCAUCGUCAUCUUCUCCAGGAAGGAAGAGGAGGACGAUGAAGACGAUGAUGAUGAGAAGAGAGAAGAGUUCGCCAGUGAAAUUGAGAAUUCCUAUCAAGGCUGCCAUCUUUCGUACGAAAAGUUCAUAAUUAAUUUCAAAAAUAUGAUGAAUAACAAGCAGGAUUGCCAAUCUGACUUAUUUGAUUUCGCUCUUAAUUUUAUUUGCUAG